GACUGGCUUUUAUUCAAACAUGUUUUUCUCAUCUCCUGGAACAAGAAAAGUGGUUAUCUUAGUAUUCAUUAUUCUUCUACUGUUAGGUUGUCAGCUAAAGAGAACAGAACACAAGGUUAAGUUUGUAUGUGAGCAGCAGGCAGGCGAGGAAAAUGAAGGCGCUUACAGCUACAAUCAUACGCCUUAACAGAGCUGGACAAGAAUGUUAAGAAGCAUCUACAGUAGUGUGUGGGUCUGCCACCUACAGAUGAGUCAACUAAUCCCAAAUCAAUCAGAACUCUGUAAUAAAGGAGCAAAGUCUAAACAACCCCCCCCCUUUCUGACUUCCUCACUUCCCUGGCUCCUGACUCUGCUGUCAUGCAACUCGAGCAAGGGGAACACAAUAUUGGAGGGCAAGAGGGGCAGCAGACCGAUCCAUGGUACCAAAAAAAGAACCCAGAAAAUAACACCCCCAAAUGGACCAUGGUGUGGCCGGGCCUUGAACUAACCCUUAAGUACAGAUGCCACCAGACCUGCCCUGAAUAGCCAACAAGUAUCUAACAUUUGGCUGCAAAUGCAACAUUUGGCCCGUCCUUCUACCACUGAAAACAAGGUCGCGCUCUCCCCGAACCGUAAGCCCCGCCCUAGCUCAACAACGUCUUCUAGCCAAGGGACACGUUCUGCGACCGUCGCGCGACCCCAGGGAACAGGUAACUCGAGCCUCGACUUCAGGGACAGGCGAUGACGUCACCCCGCCUAGCAUCGCGAGACUGCCGUCUCCCUCCCCCGGCUCCCGGCGCUCCCAACCGCCCGCGCCUGCAGCCUGGCAGCGGCGGGGAUGGCGAGCCGCGGAGCCGAGGUGGUGACGAGAGCAGCGGUUCCGCCAUUGGAUGAGGAGGCCUGAGGGACGGGCCAGCGGCGUACAAGGAGAGAGCGAGGCUGUUGGCCCCGGGAGAGCGAGGGCAAUGGAGGCCAACAUGCCGAAGCGGAAAGAGCCUGGCAAGUCCCUCCGCAUCAAAGUCAUCUCCAUGGGCAACGCCGAAGUGGGAAAAAGCUGUAUUAUAAAGCGAUACUGUGAGAAGAGAUUUGUGUCCAAAUACCUGGCAACAAUUGGAAUUGACUAUGGAGUCACAAAGGUACAAGUCAGAGACAGAGAAAUCAAAGUUAACAUCUUUGAUAUGGCGGGACAUCCCUUCUUCUACGAGGUUCGUAAUGAGUUUUACAAGGACACACAGGGUGUGAUGCUGGUCUAUGAUGUUGGGCAGAAAGAGUCCUUUGAUGCUUUGGAUGCUUGGCUAGCGGAAAUGAAACAAGAGCUUGGACCUCAUGGAAACAUGGAAAAUAUUAUAUUUGUAGUGUGCGCCAACAAGAUCGACUGUACCAAGCACCGCUGUGUAGAUGAAAGUGAAGGGCGUCUGUGGGCUGAAAGUAAAGGGUUCCUGUACUUUGAAACUUCAGCACAAACUGGGGAAGGAAUCAAUGAGAUGUUCCAGACCUUUUAUGUGUCCAUAGUUGAUUUAUGUGAAAAUGGCGGGAAACGUCCUACCACAAAUAGCAGUGCUAGUUUCACCAAAGAACAAGCAGACACCAUUCGCAGAAUUCGAAAUAGUAAAGAUAGUUGGGACAUGCUGGGUGUCAAACCUGGGGCUUCAAGGGAUGAAGUCAAUAAAGCCUAUCGCAAACUUGCUGUGCUUCUCCACCCUGACAAAUGUGUAGCACCUGGUAGUGAAGACGCCUUCAAAGCAGUUGUGAAUGCCCGGACAGCCCUCCUGAAAAAUAUCAAGUGAAAAGUAGAGAAAAAGAAACAAGUGUGGGACUGGUGUGCAAGCAAACUCUUCCUGGAGGUGAAAUAGCCAACAUGGAGCUUCCUUCACAUAAUCUCACUGCUCUGUUCACUCACGGGUUGUCAGUUGUAAAUCAGUAUUUGGGUACCUGUUUCCAUUCAUAGACAUCUUACUGAGAUGACCUGCCUGCGUAUGAAGUGAACUGAGAGACUUAAUUUCAUAAUUCUAGAUAAUCUGGAUUUUUUUCUCAUUCAUUUGUAAGCUCUGUAAUUGUAGUAUCCCUUAGCAUUUCACUUAGGAAAGUCCUCAAGGUUUCUGGAAGGAGGGUGGGAGGACGGGAGGACCCGAGAACCCUUUCACUUUUCCUUUCACCAUUAGAGAAGGAAAUAACAAAAAAGGAGGCAGACAACCUCAGAACCACUGAAGGUUUAGUGUGACCUUAGAAGCAAGUUGCUCCUUUUACACUGUGUUCCUUGGGUGGUAUUUUAACCAUCAAUCUGUAAGGAAUGAAUCUUGGCAGCCUUUUAGAAGUUUGUGAAGUGUGGCGAUACAGUUCUGAAUUUAGCCUCUCUUUUAUGAUAGUCACUUUGUUCCCCUUCUCCAACCACCAGGGGGAGAGACAAGCCAGUCCUAAGAGGACAGGCAAUGGCAGCCACCACGUCUGGGCCUAAUGGCUGCAGUUUGAGGCUUUUCCCUUGCUGUAGAAACGGCUGCUGGUGGCAGUAGCCAGUACUUUGCCCCUGGGAGUGAGGAGUCAGCCUUGAAAUGCAAAUCCUUGCAGGUCACACCUGAAGGAAAGGCAAGUCGAUGCACAGGCAGGCAGCUGCUCAGCAAGCCUGGCCUCCCAUUUGCGUCUUCGCCACUGUUAUUUCCUUUUUUUACUCCAUUCUCCUCCCCACAUUUUUUUACAUCCCAUGUCUGCCAUCAUUUCUCUCUUGAAUCCCUGGCUUCUGGCCACUGCCUCCUCCCUCUUCCCUUCCUAGCCCUGACCUGGACCUGGUUGGCCAGAGACAAGUGUGGGUCCUCUGGUAGAUGGGGGUAUAAGGGAGCUCUUAGGGCCUACGUGGGGAGGAAUCUCUAAUUUUUGCCUGGGUUGCAAAUUUCUCAAGAGUAAUCUUUUUAAACUACAGUUUAUGAAAUACAUUCUCUGGCCACAGUCUGCUCCUCUGUAUGUGAGGAGUAUCAGCACUGGCGUUUCUUAAAGCUCUCCUAGAACUAGCCUCAUUACUUAACUUAUUACAUCAUCAAUCUUGUUCCGUUACUCAUAUUUUUUAACUGUAUAUUUUAACUAAUUGGGGCUUUAAAGUAUAUAUAAUGUUACUGGAAAUUUUAAAAAGCUAUCCCAUGUUGAUUACUUAAAGCAUCUACCCUACCACCUAUAGCAAGAAAAGCUACUUUCAUAUAAUCCGUGCCCACUGCAGUCUGCAGGAUUUUUACUUCUGCCAGAGCAGCUUCACCUGUAUGACUAUGCUCAGGCUGUAUUGUGCUUGUCCUCAGGAAGCCAGACCAUUAUUUUUUUUUUUUUUUUUUUGGCCGGGGCAGGGUUUGAACCCGCCACUUCCGGCAUAUGGGACCAGCACCCUACUCCUUGAGCCACAGGUGCAUUAUUUUAAAGUAUAAGUUCUCAUCUUGGUGAUAUUGAAAAUGCUUUCUUUUCUGAACUGUGAUCUAUGAAUUCCUAAAAGAUUUUCUCUGGCCUUUGAAUUAGCUUCUGGGGCUGCAGAACUCCAACCCACAGUUCUUCUGGACCUAAAUCCUUUAGCUUAAGGAAAGCCUUCAUCAUGCCUAAAGUACUCAAACAUCCAUCUGUUCUUGCAACAGAAUGUAGGCGUUAUAUGAAUGAGGGAUCAUGCAUGGCAGUGUCAGCCCAAAUUGACAUGACAGCUGAAUAUGUAGCCCUGAAUAAAAGCUGAUGCCAGUUUUCAUCACUGUUACUAAAUACUAGAUUGGUCACCUUGUUCAACUAUACUGUACAGGUGAGCACUUAAAACAGAAUUCCUUAGUGUUCCCACAUUCAUAUCCUCAUAAGUGACUUAGUGAAAUUUAGUCCUAGCUUGAUGCUUAGGCCUUGGGACUCGGUUUUCAACACCUCUGUUAUUAACAUUAAGGAUAUACUACUUCAUUUAUGUAAAAGAAAUAAAAUAAAGGUUUUAGGGUCCUAGAAUUUUUCUGAUUUCCAUAAUUCUUCUGCAGAAUAUUAAGAAAUAAGAAAAGACGAUCUGCAAUGGAAUUUUUUUUGGUACUAACUUCAUGCAAAAUUUUACAGACCUCUAAUGCAGUAAUUUAAAUUCCUGGUGCAAAUAUGUACUUUGUAGUUCAACCUUAUUGAAAGUUCUCCAGUCAGUUAGGAUUGCAAAGUACAUCACCAAGAGUUAACAAGUAGCAGGAUAAUUUCAAUGGCUAAAAAAAAUUUUAUAGAAAAUCUUGUUUUUCACAAAAGAACAAAAGUUUGAAGAGCUAUUAUUAAAGAAAAGCCAUGUCUUCAACAUCUGAGUCACCAAGAAGUAACACUUUUUAAACUUGUGAGAAAUCCCCAGAGGCAUUUCAAAUUAACAGCCUAACCUACCUAAGCACUUUAAAAUAUACCCUUCUCUGGUUCCUUUGUUCCCCUUUCUGUGCCUCCCUUUGAAUUGAUAUUCUCAACUGUUAAUAUUUCUUCUUCAAAUUGUUACUUUAUUUCUUCAUAUAGAUAUGUCUCUGGUUUUAUUAGUCUCUUAAAAGUUCAGCCAUGGGGAUCAUGGUAUUGCUACCCAAGAUAAACUGCUGUAAUGCCAUAGAUCGCAUACCAUUCUUUAAGAUUUACAUUUACCUCGGGAAACUUACUCUAAUAUAUUCUCAUAUAUUGAAUUCUCAACUGGUAAAUAUGUCUCUGUACCUGUGAACUAGCACCUAAUUCACUGUUAGUUAAAUGAGCUAAAUUUCUGAAGGAUAGCGAGAGUAGUAAGCAAGCAGCCCCUACAGGCUCCAUGCCCCUGAGGACAAUGACCGCAGAGGGAGGACAAUCACUGCACAGGAGGUAUUUCAGUCUCAAGUUAGAAGGGUGGAACCGUAAGCUGUAGGCAAUUUGCAUAUUGCUUUUGACCCUCCCUACAAGUAGGGAAUGUUACCAACUUCACCACUGCACCCGAUGGAGCUCUCUGUGCCUGCCAGCAUUUUUGUAAAACUGAAAAUGACUUUAGCUGCAAAAUAUAGCUAAGCACCUUCCAUUGCAAAAUGGAGAGGUUCAUGCUUCUCAUAAUUGAUAUUUAGCACAAUUGUAAGACACAGUUAAUACUGUCUUACAUUGGUUUUUCCAUUAAACUUUUCUAGAGAAGUCAAAAGCUUACAUUGUGACGUGGGGAAGUUAGAUUAUGGCUAAUGAACAGUGCAAUAUUCAGCUGUGCAAUAAAGGCCCUGUUGAUGAGAUGACGACUUUUGUUGGAAAGUUGGACAGUGUUGGUUAGUAGCUUCCUGCAUUAAUUGCUCCCUGGGCAUCUUCCCCUCUGGGUGUAAAUGCAGAGUCUAUAAAUGAACCCUUUGUUUUUACAAGGUAAUUUGCAUAUUUGCUUUCUGUUGAAAUAACUGAAAAUGUUGAAUCUACCAGUUGUUUAUGUCUUGUAUACAGAGUGUCAUAUGUAUUUAAGUUGUGUAUUUUUAUAAAGUAAAGCCAAAUAUCUAA